AUGAACCCUGGUUUAUGUUUCUACCCUCAAUAUGCUGUGCCUUAUAUCCAAACGCCUAUGUUCAUAUUAAACUCGGCUUAUGACACUUGGCAGAUAUACAACAUUUUGGCAUCAUAUGAAGCCGAUCCUAGUGGCAGUUUCACCAAGUGUAAGACAACAUUAAAUGAAUGCUCCACAAGUGAACUUCAACGAUUUAAAGAUUUUCGUUCAGAGUUUUUAGGAGCCGUUUCAGCCAUUGGUAAUAGUUCUUCCAAAGGAAUGUUUAUCAACACUUGUUACACUCACUGUCAAUCUGAAGAUCAAUCAGCAUGGUUCGGAAAACCUACUUCAAAAUUGUAUGAUAAGACAAUGGCAGAGGCUGUUGGUGAUUGGUUUUAUGAGAAAUACGACUGGCGAAUGAUUGAUAACGAGAAUGUGUUGCCACACUAUUGUUAAAAAUCACUCGAUCAUUGCAAGCAUAUAAAGACAUGAGUGUAACAUUCUCAAAUAGGGUUGUGUGUAUUUUCUUUGUUUAAAGAUAGUUCUCUUGUACUCAUGGAAUAAAGAUAAGUCGGCAAAUAAUAAGCAUAAAUUAUAAAUAGU